AUGGAUGGGACGAUGGAAUCGGGGUUACCGCAUCUGGACUCUCGUUGUUCCAUCUCGGAGGAUGAUGACUUCGAUUUGUCGCGGCUUCUCGACAAGCCGAAGCUGAACAUCGAGCGGCAGAGAUCUUUCGAAGAAAGGUCCAUGAGCGAGUUGUCCAUCUCCAAUUCGAGAGGCCCAGAUAACUUUGACAGCAUUUAUUCUCCCGGGGAGGCGGUGCGGUCGGGGUUCAACACCCCAGCUUCGUCUGCGCGGUACUCAUUUGAGCCGCAUCCUAUGAUUGGGGACGCUUGGGAAGCUCUCAGGAGGUCCCUGGUUUUUUUCCGGGAUCAGCCAGUUGGGACUAUCGCUGCAUACGAUCACGCAGCAGAGGAGGUCUUAAAUUAUGAUCAGGUGAGCACAAACUCCUUCUCAAUUCGCCCACAAACCGCUCUGCUACCUUUUAAUCGUUUUUAACAAGAGAAUUUGCCGGCAGAGUCAUGCGGCCAAUUAUUAUCUUUUUUUACUAUCAUUUUCAUCCUUGCUAAGAAUGACGCUGAACGCAGGUUUUUGUUCGAGACUUUGUACCCAGCGCUCUUGCAUUUCUUAUGAAUGGUGAGCCUGAUAUAGUUAAAAAUUUUCUCAUGAAAACGCUCUACCUUCAAGGAUGGGAAAAAAGAGUUGAUCGUUUCCAGCUCGGAGAAGGUGCCAUGCCUGCUAGCUUUAAAGUACUGCACGAUCCAGUCCGAAAAAUGGACACCCUUAUUGCUGAUUUUGGUGAGAGCGCGAUUGGAAGAGUUGCGCCCGUUGACUCUGGAUUCUGGUGGAUUAUCCUUCUCCGUGCUUAUACAAAGUCCACGGGAGAUUUGUCAUUAGCAGAGACUCCUGAAUGCCAGAAGGGCAUGAGGCUUAUACUCACCUUAUGUUUGUCAGAGGGCUUCGAUACCUUCCCAACCUUGCUCUGUGCUGAUGGAUGCUCCAUGAUUGAUCGAAGAAUGGUAUGCUGUUGCUGUUGUACAACAAAUUCAUAUUUCCUCACAGUUUUCAUAAAAAAAAAUUCCUCUACGUUUUUCUUCAUACAAAGAACGUAAUAAUUGAGCCAUCUAGACCUCCGGAAAUCAUGUAUCUCGAUUAAAUGAAUGCCUUGGAGAUAUUUUGUUGGUGGCUACCUCAUUUCUGGCUAUAAAUAUUCUCUUAUUGGUUUUUUAAGCUUUUUUUGUAGUUGUACUACUCAAAAAGAAUCAAUCCUAGAUGCCACUAGCUCUGAAAUUCGAUAUCUAUGUGCAAUUCACGGGAACAAGCAAUAGAAAACAGGGUAAAGGUACCCGUAUUAUUUUCUACAAAAUUACUAUUCAUGUUCUAUUUUUGUUUAGUAAUUUGAGGAAAUAUUAACUAUAUGAGUCUGAAACACCGUGAGCAAGGGAAAUAUCUCUAAGGAUACAUUUUUUUUUAAUAAAGCCAAAAAAAAUUCAUUAUCGUAUAUAUGUAUCAUCCAGAAAAGGGCUAUGCGUUGGAAACAAGUGAUUUCCUGACUCCUUUCUCUGUGACACAGUUUUCUUUUUUCUUUCUGUGGUUUCAAACCACAGAUCCGAUCAUCGCAUUCCCUCUUAAGGAGCAAAAAGUGUCAGUUUAGUCGAGGAUAUUAGAAGCUGUUUAGUUCAUUAUUUUACCAGAUAACCUGGCGGAAGCAUGUGUGACAGGAGCAGCCCAGAACCAGAACAAGCUGGUUCUGGUUCCUCCUGGUCGUCAGUACGGCCAGAGACGUGAAGUGUAGUGUUAGUCAACAAGGUUUUCAGUUUCGUUCCCAUAUCUCGUCUGUCUUACCUUUAAAAUUUAGUAGCUUCCCCCUGAGACAGUCAUUUCAUAAUUAUCUAUAAGACAACAUUAUUUGAUGCAUAGAUGAAAGCAAAUCAAUGAAUUAUGCACAUAUCAUAGGCUGAUAACGCACAUCCUCGUAUUUUUUUUAAUCUAUCAGACAGUUUUCAUGGUUUUCUCCCUCCUUACUGGAAUGAAUGAUCGAUGAUCGAGUGUUGCAUUUGCUACAAUAAAAAAAGCAGAUUAUUUCGUUGACUUUUUUUUCAUCAAGAUAAUCCUUCUUGUAACGUGGAUUUUCUGAUGGUAAUCUAAUUUUCGCCAGGGCAUUUAUGGCUAUCCUAUCGAAAUCCAAGCUCUCUUCUUCAUGGCCCUGAGGUCCGCGCUGCCCCUGCUCAAGCACGAUGCCGAAGGCAAGGAAUUCGUGGAGAGAAUCGUCAAGCGCCUGCAUGCCUUGAGCUUUCACAUGCGCAGCUAUUUCUGGCUCGACUUCCAACAGCUGAACGACAUCUACCGCUACAAGACCGAGGAGUACUCCCACACGGCAGUCAACAAAUUCAACGUCAUCCCUGACUCGAUCCCCGACUGGGUGUUUGACUUCAUGCCGACCCGCGGCGGCUACUUCAUCGGGAACAUCAGCCCUGCCAGAAUGGACUUCCGGUGGUUUGCACUGGGCAACUGUGUGGCGAUCCUCUCGUCGCUCGCCACCCCCGAGCAGUCCAUGGCGAUUAUGGACCUGAUCGAGUCACGGUGGGAGGAGCUGGUCGGAGAGAUGCCCUUGAAGAUAACGUAUCCUGCCAUCGAGGGCCACGAGUGGCGCAUCGUGACCGGCUGCGACCCCAAGAACACCAGGUGGAGCUACCACAAUGGCGGGUCCUGGCCUGGUUUGUUCCUCUGACCGUGCUGUUGAUGGAUUCUUUUGUUGGAGCAAAAGCGGGGUUUGACUGACGCUGGCCUCUCGCUCUGGUUCUCUCCGCAGUCCUCCUGUGGACGCUGACCGCCGCCUGCAUCAAGACGGGGAGGCCGCAGAUCGCCCGGCGGGCGAUCGAGCUCAUCGAGAACCGCCUGCAGAAGGACGGCUGGCCCGAGUACUACGAUGGCAAGCUUGGCCGCUACGUGGGGAAGCAGGCGCGGAAGUUCCAGACCUGGUCCAUCGCCGGCUACCUUGUGGCCAAGAUGCUGCUGGAGGACCCGUCCCAUCUGGGCAUGAUCUCUCUGGAAGAAGACAAGGCCAUGAAGCCCCUGAUCAAGAGAUCCACCUCCUGGACCUGCUCAAUGAACCGGCAUUGA